UUUAUCUUUGCCGCGCUGCAUGUGCGCACGCAGCCUCCUCACGAACCCCCGUUACAGGCUCGCUAGUUAGUGAACGACUCCAUGAAAAAGUAUGCGUAUGAGUUGCCACCUGCAUACUGAUUCAGUUUUCUGUUUUCGCGAUACAUUAUUUUUUACGUUGUUCUGUUAUCCGGAAGCGUUACAGUCAUCAAUUUCGCGUGCAUAUCCUUUCCGCUCGGGCGGUCGCAACUUGGACUGGGGGUUGUGAAGUUAAUUACGAUAGUUGCGACUAGAUAAUGACGGCGAGUGUUGUCGCGUCAUUCUCUGCGCGCGGGGAAGCGGGCCCCACGGACCCUCCGGGCGAGGACAUCGCCAUGAAACGUUUUGAAGCUACACCAGAGGAACAGGAACGAUUAGCUACUGGAAAUAACAAUGGAUCCCUUGACUGCAAGAUACCAGCGCCCCAGCCAGUCGGGCCUCGUUCGGUUUUUCACUCGACACGAGUAUUCAUGCUCGUUUUCCUCUCUGGAUGGGUACUCCAGGGCAUGUUUCUUACAUAUUUUGUAAGUGUGACGACGACGAUAGAGAAACUAUUCAAAGUGGAAUCAAAAACGACAGGAAUACUUUUAGCGGCUACAGAAAUCGGUCAAAUAUGUACAUCCCUAUUUCUUACGUAUCUGGCUGGUCGUGGACAUCGGCCGCGGUGGAUUGCGUGUAUGAUGCUAGUGUUGGCGGUCGGCGUGGUCGGCUGUGUGGUGCCCCACAUGUUGUACGGCACGCGAUUGCUUGAUGUACACUUGGACGCACACAGAUCGGGUCCAGCGCCGGUUUGCUCGUACUACGGCAAUGCCACUAACUGUGACGCUGCUCAUUACAAGAGUUCAGAAACACGGUCGUCGAUAACGGCCGUCGUGAUCCCAUGGCUCUUCAUUUGUCUAUUGGUGGUCGGCGUCGGACAGACUGGGAUUGCUACGCUUGGCAUACCGUAUGUCGAUGACAACGUUGGCAGCAAGCAAUCCCCUCUUUACAUGGCGAUUACCAUAGGCAUCAGAGUUAUUGGACCAGCUUUAGGAUUUCUUCUUGGAGCGUUGUGCACAAGUGUGUACGUGAAUCCACUGUCGGACCCUGGCUACGAGUCCAACAAUCCAAGAUGGGUCGGCGCUUGGUGGUUGGGUAUGGUGUUCAUCGCUACUUUCAUUGUUUUGCUGUCGUCCCUGAUGUUCUGUUUCCCACGGCAGAUCAAGCAGGAGUCAGUGCCACCACCGACCAAGAAAGGCAAAGAAAAACAGGAGCCUUUCUUCAAAGAUUUCUUCGUAACAAUAAAACGUCAGCUGACCAACGACAUCCUUAUGUGGCGCACGGCGAGCUCGGUGCUGCACCUGAUGCCCAUAAGCGGGGUUUACAGCUUCCUACCUAAGUAUCUGGAGAAGCAGUUUCGGCUGCCCACGCACGACGCCAACCUUGUCUCGGGCCUGGGUGGUAUCCUGUUAAUGGGUGUAGGCAUCAUCACGGCCGGAGUGGUCAUCGUCAAGGUGGUCCCGACGGCUAGACAGGUUGCUGCGUGGACUGCAGCCACUGCUGCUAUCUAUAGUGCUGGUAUGGUCCUGCUCAUGUUCGUCAGUUGCCCAGAAGAGAAUUUCCGGUUGCUAGACAACGGUGCUAUAAAUGGCAAUCUCAGCUGUAGCGUUAAUUGUAACUGCGAGAAUGUUGCCUUUAAUCCUAUCUGUGGACAGGAUGCUUUUACAUAUCUGUCGCCGUGCCAAGCGGGCUGUCUCGACAGUCACCAGUUGGACAACAGCACGUGGCUGUACUCGAACUGUUCGUGCAUAGACGCUGCCGGCACCGGAGAGAAAGCUACGAAUACAUUGAAACAGUUCGAAGCUUGGAAUCGGUCGGAGUGGUUGCACGGUGACGGCGGCGGGUGGGCGGUGAGCGGCGAGUGUGCCGGCCCGUGCGGCAAGAUCUACGUGUUCAUCGCAAUCUUCGCAGCGCUCAUGUUCGUGCACGCGAGCGGCGAGGUCGGCGCCGUCCUCAUCAUCAUACGAUGCACAGACAAAUUUGACAAGGCGAUGGCGAUGGGCGUGAUCCAGUUCGCGAUCGGCGUGUUCGGCAACGUGCCGUGCCCGAUCGUGUUCGGGGCAGCCGUGGAUGCGGCGUGUCGCCUGCGCGACGCCGCCUGCGGUCUGCUCGGCGCCUGCGCAUCCUACGACAACGACAGCCUGCGACACUUCUACCUGGGUCUGUCAGCGGGGCUGAUGUUCCUCGCGUUCAUUAUGGACAUGCUCGUGUGGAGUAAAGCGGGCCGCAUCGACAUGAACCCGGGCGAGGCGUCCAGCGCGCCGCACUCGCCCCCGCCGGUCCCGCUCGCCCUCCUCCCAGCCGACUCGGCCCCCCUGCGGCCCGACACAUAACUGUGACGCCAUACUAGUUGACACCUGGAUCGACGAAUCUACAAGUUUUUCGGAGCCCUUACAUAGUUGCUAAGUUUACCUCCGUGCAGGAAGUAGAAUGAAAAAUAAGGUCUGUGUAUUUUAAAAAGGUAAAAAAAAAUAAUAAUAGACAAUUUAUUUUCCUUUACAGAAAAUAGGUUUUUUUUUCGAGUUUUGAUAUAAUAAUAAUUAAUAUAGAGAAAUAAAGUAGUAUGCAAGUCAUUACAUGCAGAGGUAUGUUAUGUGUAAGGUUUGAAUUUUGUUCUAGAUUGAACAUGUAAAGAAACGGAUUUUUAUUUUAAAUUCGUUAUUUUAUGAUAUUUGAAUUUGAACUGUAUGAAUAGAUGUGUUAAAGUUAAAACUCGUACACUUCGUACAAAGAUAGUUGUCAAGUAACAAAUUCUAGUGUGAUAGCAUAAUAUUCAACGACUCUCGAGGUGAGUGCGGCAACGGAGUUAGUACGGUCAGCAGCUAAAUACAAUAUAAAUAUAUAUUGUAUUUAGAUAUUAUAUUGUAUUCAUAUUGUACUUUGCUCCGUGCGUUGUUGACGUAAUUUUGAGGUUCCUAUAAACUCCACGAUGUGUAUUUUUAUUCCAUAUUUAUAUUUACUUAUAUACAUUAUAACUGACAGAAUGAUAUCAAGUUUGACAAUUAAAAGUAAUAAUUGAUUGCUUUCAUAAAAUAUUAGAUGAUAUAUUGUGGUGAAUUUGUCCGUCUGAGCUUGUGUCAUGAAGCAGCAUCAGCUUAUGUUCCGGCUCAAUAUUUGGAAUGGUUUUUAUCAUGAUUGAACAUGGAACAAUGUUACCUUAAUCUCAAGGUAAUGACUUUGGAUCAGUAAGAACAAAUUAGUAGCAUGUCAGUUAAUGAAAUGUACAUAUUGAACGCUUAUAUAACGAUGAUUUAAUGACGAUCAUGUGAAUUUUACAAUAUUUAUAUUAAAAUUUUAAAAUCCUUAUUUUAUAUUGAUUAACAUUUUAUAUUUAUAGCCAUUUAUUUGAAAUUUACCAAUGUUAUCGUAUAAUUUAUUUAUAGUGUUAAAAGUGUAUUGCAAAUAUGGUUCGUUCUCUCUCUCUAUCUCCCUCUAUCUAUCCAUCUUUUCAUUUAAGAGUUUCCUCUGGUCACCGACCAGACAACUAUUUCAUGGGUUUUCUUCCAACCAGCUCUAUCAUGCCAUCUAUCAUAUCAACCAUGCCAUAUCUUUGACCUCCUUAUAUGACAUGACACCUAGUGUUUCCUUUAUCUGCCUCAUGGAGUUAUUCCUCAAUCUUUCCCUUCUUCUUUUACCCUAUAUUUUUCCUUCUAGUAUGUUCUUUACAGAAUCGUUAUAUCGUAUAAGUUUUGUUUAGAAAAAAUAUUAAAAAAAAACUAUUUUUUUUGCUACUAGUACAAUAAGUCAACAUUAUGUAUAUUGAUUUUUCAGUGUAUUUCAGUUACAAGUAAAAAGUGCAUAUUGAAAAUAAUUUAUUUAGAUAGAUAGAUAGAUAGAUCGUUUAUUUGUUUGUUACUAAUCACACACAACAUGUACAUAAGAAUAGAUAAUACAUAAAACAACAUAAGAUUUAUAAUUGUGUUAUUAUGUGUGAUCUGCAGCAAUACAAAAAGGUCGAAGCUCAGCGUGUAACAUUGUUCAAGGAACAAAACACUGAUUUUCAGCUUUAACCCAUUUGAGGGUACGUGAAAAUAAUAAAUAAAAUAAAUACAAAAUAAAAAGAGUAAUAUUUUUGGUGAUUGUCUGUGCAGUGUGUGUAUAAUAAAAAUAAUGUAAAUAGUUCAAUAUAAUUUGGUUAGAGUAAUUUAUUGUUUUCCUAAUAAUGUUUAUACGAAGCAAUGUGCGAAUUUACUAAUACGACUGCUAAUUAUCCGAUUAAACAACUUAUUCGAAUGAUUUUAAAAUCAUUCGACUACUAAUUUCAUUCACUAUACUCCCUAAUCUAUCUAUCUAAUAGCUAAAAUCAGUCAUUAGUAGUUAUUCAUGUGCGAGUCGAUACGAACGUAGUCGAGUCGACCCGAUCAAUCGAAUAUGAAAAUUAGUAAAUUAUUAAUUUAGUGCUCAAAUUAUAGAAUUAAUAAUUACUAAUUAUUCAAAUACCAAAAAACAUUCGGAUUCGCACACUGCUAUUUAGACGUACUGUUCUGUAAUACUGUAUCGUUAUUACUAAUUAUUCGAAUAACAAACAACAUUCGGACUCGCACACUGCUAUUUAGACAUACUGUUCUGUAAUAUUGUAUCGUUAUUACUAAUUAUUCGAAUACCAAAAAACAUUUGGACUCGCGCACUGCUAUUUAGACAUACUGUUCUGUAAUAUUGUAUCGUUAUUACUAAUUAUUCGAAUAACAAACAACAUUCGGACUCGCACACUGCUAUUUAGACAUACUGUUCUGUAAUAUUGUAUCGUUAUUACUAAUUAUUCGAAUACCAAAAAACAUUCGGACUCGCACACUGCUAUUUAGACAUACUGUUCUGUAAUAUUGUAUCGUUAUUACUAAUUAUUCGAAUAACAAACAACAUUCGGACUCGCACACUGCUAUUUAGACAUACUGUUCUGUAAUAUUGUAUCGUUAUUACUAAUUAUUCGAAUAACAAACAACAUUCGGACUCGCACACUGCUAUCACAUACUGUUCUGUAAUACUGUAUCGUUGUUAAUGUUUGCAAUACAUUUUUAUACACUACGUAUAUUUAUAUAAAUAAUUUAGAACAUAAAAUGACUGAACAAUGAAAUAUAAACAACUUGCAUUUUCUACUAUAGUUAUGCAUUUUAUACGCUAGUUAUACUUAAAUAUAAGUAUACCUGCUCAACGACAGAAGUAAAUAAUAUGAACGUUGUAUACAUAAUGGUGACGAUUUAACUUAAUAUAUAGUCUGCAAUCAUUUUUUUUUUAUACAACUUAGAGUGGCAAACAAGCUGACGGCCCACCUGAUGGAAAGUGGUAACCGUCGCCUAUAGACAUGAGCGGUACCAUGGACAUAACAGAGUAUACUGUUUCGUCCAUGAUACACUCCAUGCGUUGCCAUACCUGAGGACUCAGGUGUUAUUCCUCUGUACCCUGUAAAUAAUAUAUUAUGCAAAUAAUUAGUGCAAAAUAAUAUAUUACUAAUAACUGUAUUGUCUAAUGUUUAUAGUGAGUGAAUUUAUCAAAUGAUUGUUUAGAAAUGAUACAGCAGCGGUACCGCUCGAAACUAGCUUUAUUGAUACAUCACAUUAUUAUAAUAAAUAUAUUAUAAUAAAUAAAUAUAAUAAAUAUAUAUUUUUAAGUAAUACCGUUAUGUGGGACUUAGUUUUUUUAUAUUUAGGUUGGGUACUAUUUUUUUUAUUGCAAUAAUAUCUCGUCUAAGCUGGGAGUUAUGAAUGGUAUACUCGUUAUAGCUCGACAACUUUGUGCGUGGCGCUUUCAUAGUGUGACAGAUGUGUGCACGAUUUAUAUCUAUGUUUUACCUAGUCUUUUUCUUUCUUUUUUUUUUUAAUGGCAAUCGGUCGUUACUUUUACGACCAUUACAUCCAGUGUCAUAUGAAAGAUAAGAGGCUAGUACUGGAGAUUAAAAUUAUAUCUAAACGACUGGUCUAAUAUUGGGCUUUUUGGUAUAGAAAACAUAUGUAUUAGUUUUCAUAUGAAGGUAUAUCAUGAACGCCUUGAAGUUUCCAGUUUGCACUUAUUAAGGGUAAUCUGCCCUUAUAAUGCAUACCAUUGUAAUGUUUCUAUUUGUUUCGUCACUCAUUUUCUAUCAAUAGAUAAUAAAAUUUAAAAACAAAGUUUAAUCACACUGAAUUAUUGUCUUAUAAGAGUAUAAAUUUUACUUCUUUCAUCUUAAAUAUUAAGCAUUAAUAAAAUUAUAAAUAUUCAUAUUUCUUUUAAAAUAAUUGGCUCCAUUUUUUAAUCCACCAUUCGUCAUGAUUUUUAUUCAGUUCACCUUGUCGAUCACUUACACUAGCGACUCGCUAGGAUAUGUGCUGCGCCCGAUGUUGUCGUGCUAUAAUCAUUAUUCGGUUUUAUAAAACAAAACGGAACAUUUUCGAGAACAAAUUUAUUUUUUAAAUGUUCUAUUCUAAUUUUAAAAGUGCGUUCCAAAUAGUUUGAAUCUGUUGUUGUAUUGCAAUAAUGAAUUCAAAGCAUGGUCUUAGUAAAAUGUUUGUUUUAUUGUUAAAAAAAUAUGCAUUUUUUAUAUUGUGUAUUAAUGCUAUCAUUUAUUAUUACUGUUUGACUGUAUUUACAAGAUAUUGACACGUCUGUCGAGGUGUUAUUGCAACAUAUUGUACGUAGCUUUACAUUUUUUUUUUUCGAUAAUAAUGCGAAGUAUAUGGCUAGUGACUAGAGGUUUAUAUUAGUUUAGUACAUUUUUUUUUUACAAAUUAUCGCAUACAACCUGUAAAUAUAUAAUUAAACGUUUUAAAGUAUAUAAUCACAAUAUGUUAGGCUUAGAUAUAGUUUUAUUUGAUAUUAGCUAUUGUUGUCUUGCAUCUCUGUAAUGCUUUAUUUUUAAUAUUUCAACUUAUUAUUAUUUUUCACGAUUUGAGCUAUAGUUGUCACUAAUGAUAUUUGUUGAUGUUGAUAUUAUUUGUUUAAUGGAUGAUAAUGAGGCGGUCAGAUCGAGCUCUACGUGGACAUCCAUGGAAACCAAGUGUAUUCACGAUGGGCUAACUGAUCUGCCUUUUCAUCUUACCUGUCACCCCUCACUGAUGCCCCGCCAGCGUAUACCGUUAGCGCAGGCGGAGCUACUAUUCUAUUACCAUCAACUAAGAGACUAAAUAUAUUAUAUACUAGCAAUGGGACUGGUAGGCCACAUUUUUAAUAGUCCCUCCUCCCUCCUGUUGAUAUUAUUAGGUAGAGCGGUUAGUUGACAGGUUUUGAUUAUUCAAUUAAAAUAAAAUAUUGAUUUACAAAUGAUAAUUUAUUGAUUAUAUUUGCAAUUUAUUUGUUUUAUGAAUUUUAAGUAAAUGCCCACGAUAAAUCAACCAAAAUAAUUAAGUGUUUUAAUAUAUAAAUUGUACAUUUUUACAGGAAAUAUAUUGAAGUUUUAUAUAUAUCUUAAAAUAUUAUAUAUUUAUUUACAUAUAUGUAUAUAUACACAUAAAAAAUGAUCUAUAAAGUUUAGUGGACAAUUAUAGCUCAUGCAGGAUUGUUGUUAUUUUAAUGUUACUGAAAUAAAGGCUGGGUCGCGUGUAAACCUAUAUUAAAACCUCAAUGGGAAACAAAUAGUUUAGGGUAUAGCAGUUAAUUGUACAGAUCGCCGGACAUUUUGUGUUUUUUUUGUAAUUACCAAAAAUUUUUAAUAUUAUCAAGUUAACGGUCGAUAAGGUGAUGGUGAGGAUGAUUAAUAUAAUUCUAAAUUCAAGAAGCGAGUUCGUAUGUCAAUGUUUUAAUUCACACUUGUUAUGAAAUAUUUUCGUGUCAUAUUCUUUACGGGGUGGUAAUUAUCAUUUGUCUUAAAUAUUUUCGUCUUUUGUCAUCAUCUUCGUCUUCAUUGCUGAGGGCUAUGUUUGUGUUGCUUGAAUGAAUGGAUGAGUGAAUGAAUGAAUGAAUAAGUGAAUUAUAAAAUGAAUGAGUGAAUUAAUGAUUGAAUGAUUGAAAUAAUUAAUGAAUGAGUGAAUUUAUGAAUGAGUGAAAUAAUGAAUGAGUGAGUAAAUUAAUGAAUCAGUGAGUGAAUAAUAAAUAAGUGAGUGAAUUAAUGAAUGAGUGAGUGAAUUAAUGAAUGAGUGAGUGAAUUAAGGAAUAAGUGAGCGAAUUAAUAAAUGAGUGAGUGAAUUAACGAAUGAGUGAUAGAAUGAAUGAGUAAGUGAAUUAAUGAAUGAAUGUAUUGCUAAAAAUGUGGUACAAUAAGGUGAUAUCAUAAUAUUACAAUAGUCGGUUUCACACAUUUUGUCAUUACUGAAGUGUAACAGUCAUUACAACCCUACGUCUGUUUUGUACAACAUCUGUACAACUGGUGCCAUCAUCCCUCUGUAAACUGCACGAUUUUAUACUUUGCGUAUGAAUUCUUGCAAGGUAGCUCCAGUUGUGUCCAUACCUUUUGUUGGUGCACUGCUUCUAUUCUUCUUUCCCUCCACACAGCCGAUUAGACUUAAGUUAUAAAUGUACUGAAUUACUCUACGUUUCGCUGUCACCGUGACACCGUUUUGUGAAAAUAAAUUUGUUUUUCUAAUCAGUACAAGUGUGAAUUAAUCUCUUAAUUUGUUUAUCGUUAUGGUAGAAAUGUUUGGGCUCAAAUACCUGCCUAGUAUAGGCAGGUCAAUACAUAAAAAGUAACAUCAUCAUUAUAUUAACGUACGUAUAUUAUUACAUAUAUUACUGCUUCUAUUAUACUAGCUGAUCCGAUGAACUUGGUACCGCUUAACAGCCAUGAAUAUUUUGUAUGGGAAAAUGUUUUCUUUUAUUUCUUCAUUAAUUUUCCAAUGUUUUUAAUAGUUAUUCUGCUAUUCAGGACAUAGACAAAUUCAACAAAUCAAAAACCAUAAAAAACAUAUAUAUAUAUAUAUAUAUAUAUAUAUAUAUAUAUAUAUAUAACUACUUCUUAUAUUAUUAUCUAUUACUGCUUAUAUUACUACUUAUGUAGUACGUAUCCUAUAUUACUAUUUAUGGUACAGUUGAAUAAAUAAUUAAUGUUAUAGUACUCAUGUCAAUAUUGGAGUUCCUUAUAUUUUUAAUAUUAAAUUAUUGAACAGAAUUGAUGAACAUUGGGAAAAUGGAAAGUUCGAAAUGUAAGCAAGCAUAAGACUUUUAACGAUAAUGUUUUAAAACUAAUUUAGUGUAAACCCAAAUACUUCUAGCAUACGAUAAGUAAAGGGACUCGAAAAUAAAAUAUAUUGGGCAAAUGAAUUGUUAACACAAAGAAUAUUUUGCUAAGUAAACAGUUUGUAAUGAUAUUUACAAUCAAUUUGUUUUCAAUUUAUACAUCUGUGAUUGUUUUAUUGAUGUUUUAUAUUCUUAGAGUACUAUGAAUAAUUUGAAACGAUUGUGCAAUAUUAUACAAACAUUGCACAAUUACAUUGAAUCAAAUUAUAUUAUAUAUAUAAAUUCCAUUAUAUCUGCCUAUAUUUAACUAGUUAUUGCUAUAUGAUUUUGAAUGUGCAAUAAAUAUUUAGGUACUAAUUAUUGCCAGCGAAAUGCAUAAUAAUUUUGUCAAUUAGCAAAUUAUACAUCGACGCCUGAUCGAUUUUUGAGACAUCACUAAUAAUGUUACUAGUUAUUUUUUUAUUAUGAUUAUUUUUUUAACGUCUAGUUGUUUACAUCACAACCCUAUUGUAUAUAGUGUAGCUAAAUAUUAAUUAAACUAUAGAACUACUUAUGAAUUAUUGGACCGUAAUAUAGGUUAAUUCGUAGACUUUGCGUGUGUACAAAAUUUACAAUUUAAUUUUUUAAUUUUGUUUUAAAAUAUUUACAAAAUAAAUUCGAUUUGAAAUGUUAGCAGUUAGUAAUGUUAUAGUUUAUACACAAGAGAAUAAGCUAAACGCACAGCCAAAUAUUUUAAUUUUCUAUAUCUAAAUUUAAAUUUUACAUUCAAUUUAUGCGAUCAGAUGACAGCUAAGUGCAAACUAGUUUAAGAUUGCACUUGGUACUGAAUAAAAUAUUAAAAAAAAGAGUGUAUUUUUUAAAUUUUCUUAUAUCACAAUGUUUUUUUAUUAGAAAUAUAUAAUUUUAAACCAUUAGGUAUCAUUUUGUAGUGAAUUAAAUAUUUAAAAAAAGAACUCUUAAAAUUAUUUUUUAAUAUUGUAAUGCUAUUUAUAUUACAUUGAAUUUCAUUAAAAAUAUAUAAAUAGUGAUAGUAGGUAUCUCUACAAAAUUCACCAAAAUGUGACUGCGGUUGCCAACCCGCUUGUCAAGUGUGGCAACUACAGGCAAAACUGAUAUGGGGAAGGCCUGCUGUUCAGCUGUGGUCAAUUUAUGCCCGAAAUAACAAUUAAGCCAGUAGAUAUUGUGAAAUCGUGGCCAGUCAUUUAAAAAAUAUAAUAUCCUUGUUUUUUAAAUUAAUGCCAACAUACAACAACAACAAGUUUUAGUACACAUAAAAUAAUGAUGACAAGUAAAUUUUAUCAACAAAUAUUAUUUUUAAUUUAUAAUUUUGUGCAUAAUUUUAAAAUAAUAUUAUUAUUCGUUUAUUCCUUUUAUCAAAUCGUGCAUUAUAAUCAUACUCGUGCAAUGUUUUAAAAAAAUAUAUAUACAUAUGCGUAUUUAUUAAUGCGUGUUUUACCAGUUUUGUUUAUUAAGCCAUAGCCAAUUGUUGUCUAUAGCAAUUUAUUGUCUACGUGUAGUUGAAGUGGCCAUUAACUGUAAUACUUUUUAUAUUAUACAAUACGAAUAGUUAUAAUAACGUCUCAAUGGUAGCUUUUAGAUGAAUUUUGUUGUUUGUUGCUGUAUAUUUACUAAGCAAAUUUAUUUAAGGUUAUAUUAUUUUUUUUUUUGUAAUAGUGAACAGAAUUUUACUAGUCUAUGAUUUAGUUUUAGAAAAUAAUACCUCUGGAUUUUAGAUUUAAAAUGUAUGUGACCAUUAUAAUUGUUGAUAUUGCCUGUUUCUGACCAGCCUGUUUGAAUACAUUAAUUUUAAGGUAUGAUACCAUUUUCAUGAAAACGGAUACUUGUAGGAAAGAGUAAUUUGACAUAUUUUUUAUUUUAAUAAUACUUAUUCGAUUAUGAAUUGAUUAUUUUUCAACAUCCUUGGUUGUUGUUUUUAGAAAUAAUUAUAUAAUUUAUUCGUAAUGUUGCUAAAGGAUGACCACUUGCCUUAUUGUGAGCCUAACGCUACGGAUAUGUGGUAACGUUUAAGUUUCUUAACUAUACAGAAAGUAUUGUAAGUGUCCGUUUUUAUGCGAAAUAAUUUAUUUUGGAUUGUAAUCAAUUUGUAGAUAAAGUGAUGAAUAAAUAAUAUCAUAAAUAUAUAUACAUAUAACUACUUGUGCAUUACUUAUUUUUGUUCCGUCUAUAUUACUAUUCCUGACCGGUUUUAAAAAGUUUGUCUUUUGAAAGAAAAGAAACCAGUGUGGUUUAUAUUUUUAAAGCGUAAUUAUACUUUUUAAUAAAUUAAUUUACUUGGCAAUAUUAACUCAGAUUUUUUUUUAAUAAAAUCAAAGGACCUUAAAUAUUAUUUUAUCAUGUUAGUAAAUGUUUGAGAAUACAAUGAACUAAAAGUAUUUUUCACAACAUUCCCAAACUGUCUAAAUUACUUUCCUAAACAAUUUUUUAAUAGUUAACUAUU